CUUCUCUCAGAGGGGAUGAGUCCGGUGAUCAGUGGCUCAUCUGAUCUUCACAGAGCUCUUCAUGAGACAUGGUACUGACUGAUAAAACCUCCAGACCCCUUGCUGCCAAGAGGGUCCCCAAGCAGCGCACCCUGCCCCACCAGAGCCUGCCCUCCCCGGCCCUGUGCUGCGCCUGUGGCCUGUGCAUCAUGCUGGCCGGCAUCAACAUCACCCUGGUGGGGGCGUUCGCCUUUGGCACCUUCAUCCCCACCGGCAACCCCCCCAUCGUCAUCGGGCCCCUGCUCCUGCUGGUAGCCCUGGGUUUCUUCGCGGCCUGCUGUGUGGUCAGCAGGAGGCCCCCGACCCACAUGGCCCGCAAGGCCCCCGGGGGCGAGAAGUGGGGGCUGAUGCGGAUGGGGACGGCAGCGUUUGAGAUGGAGACGAGCGAGCACACGCUGCAGGACACCACGGCCGUGCAGCUCAGCCCCACCAACUCCCCCAGCUCCUCGCACAGGUCCGGCUCCAGCUCCAGCCAGGGGGGCCACGCCGCCGCCUCGCCACCUGCCUGUCAGGACGGAGCCAGGGAGAUGUGUGGCCCUGGAGACAAACCCUCCGUGACCUCUGCCAGCAGCUCUCCCACAAGGAUGCUCACAGCACUCCCUCUUCGUAGCCUGGACUGUUCACAGGAUGGAAGUGUCUGAAGUAAUUAACAGGACUGAUUGGCCUCUCCGUACAAAAGCCGACAGACCAAAUAUCUCCAUGACCUGCAGACUCUCAGGCUGCAGACUGUAAUGUGUUGUGCGAAAAACAUGUGUGGUGGUAACUUCUUCAGUGUCGCCCCUCAGCCCCAUAAUGUUAUUCAUUUUCCAGAAACAGGAGCAGGAGAGAUGAUGACACCUUAAUCCAAGUGCCUGUUUGUGUAUUUCUUGUUGUACAAUGCAUCGGAUGAAGGCAGAUUAUCGUGUGUUCUAGGUGGCGUGGAUCAAUUAUCAAUUUGUCACCGUACAGAGAGAAGAUGAGUGGGUCCGGUCGAGCUGCUUCUCUGAGUCAUCGUGCUGCUCCUGUGCGAGCGCAGUAAAAGGUGUUUUUUAAAGUUUUCUUUACUAGCAAAGUGAGUGCUUAACAUCGAGUGUGUUAAGAUGGAUGUUCACAAACAAAUCAGUGUUUUCAGUGAAUUUGUCAUGUUGUCGUGCCAUGAUUGUAACAGCUACGGAUGCUAAUACUUGUUUGGGACAUUUACUUUUUCAAAGUAAAGUUUGACUUGAUUGUAACUUACUGUAGAUGGUGUGUUACUGUUGUUAUGUUAAAAGUUAUUGAACAGAAACCGAUUUUUUUGUGCAUAAUCCAUAAAAACAAAAGCACACACACACACACACGCUGCUGUAAAUGGCAGGUGUGCAGGCUGUGAUGGGAACUCACUUGUUAUCUGGGGGAAACCGGCGGCGGCCGUGCAAACAGCCCCCUCCUAACAUGUCCCCCCCAUCACUUGGUGUCUGACCCAACAGCUGCCGGCAAAAAGGCGAGAGCCCUGUUUACUCUUCAUUACGUCAGCCGUCCACAAACACAGCAGCUCACACAGUGAGAUCCCAUCAAACAGCUCCACCACUGGAGGAGAUAACAGCAGCUGCUGCCUGAUGUUAUUAAGGUCUGUGCAUGAAGCUUUAUGAAUGGCAGCACAGAGACAAUUUGGCUGCCUGGACUCAUCCGGGGAGUCAGAAAUAGGAACGCUGGUGAUUCUACAACGAGGAUGACAUGUCUUGACAACCUGAGCACAUUUAGCUAAACUAAAAAGGUCACGUUGCUCUGAAGGAUGAAUCCGUGGAAUUAGUUCUGUGUUUCCUUCGAGCCUGUGCAGGUCCCUGCUACUUUUUGACCUCAUAACAAUAAA